AUGUUUUUAAAGCCGCCAAAGCCUAACAAUUGUGGGGGACAAACUGCGUCACCCUGCUUACAACUCAGAAAGAAGACGCAUAUUAUGAAGACGCCUGUUUCUAAAGAAAAGAUCAUCUCUUUUAAGUCUCCAAUGAUCCGUGUGAAGAAGUUCCAAGAAGACCGAGCAUCUGAUGCUAGUAGCUCGUCUAGUGCAGAGUACACUCCUAGUCCAACGAAUCAUAGGAGAGAGAUUGCUUCGAAAGUUAUCGGAAUAACUUACUUUGACACUAGCAAGUACUCAAAUUCUUGUUGUAGCAAUGUCAAGCCUGGCCCUGUAUCUAGUUUUAGUACAAAGAAGUCUAGCACUAAGAUCAUUUCUAAGAAUAGCACUAUUAGCAAACCUUACUUGGACUCUAGCUCAGAUGACAAUAAGAGCUUCUCAAGUGACUCCUUGAGCUGGGAUGAAGGGAAGUCUGAAAACCCUUACAGCAACGUCUACGAUAAUACAAAGAGCAAGAGGUUCAACGAGAUUCUUAGAAGGAAAUCUCAUUAUCUUAUCCAUGCUCCAGUCAAGAAGUAUCUUUUAGAAAGUUCAAACUCUGACAAAGAUUCAUCAGACUCGGAUGGUGAAUCCCACUCGAAAUUUAUCAUUGGAAAGUUCAAGAAGUUCUCUCCAAGCAAGAAGAAAAGAAGGAUGACUGUAAAAUUCCAAGAACUGAAGAUCUAAUCAGGACGAAGACCUUAUCUGCUGUUACUAAAAAUCAACAUUAGUGU